AUGAUAGUAACUGAUGGAAUCAAUGAAUUAUCUGCAAGUGGGCACUUCUUGUUAGUCUCAAUUUUUGAGGUGACAGCAAAUGGAGUGACUUCAGACGCCAUGCCAGUAGUCAAAGAACUCAUGAAACAAAUUUGUGAGAAGGAUGGCAAAAGUUACACUGAAGAAUUUCAAAUUUCAUUAUUGAACUCAGAGAAAGAUGAGUUAGAAGAUAAAAAUAGAAAACUUGCUGAGUUGGUUAAGAAAAUUGAAGACGGACUGAUAGACUCUGAUAUGUUGAAAGCACAGAAAGCCGACUACAAAGCCCAAAUCCAAGCGUUGAAAGACGAUAUGGAGAAGACUGGAAAAGACUUGGCUGUUGUCGAUGCCAAAUUGAAAGACGCUGAAAGAGAAAAAGUUGCUCUUAACGAAGAAGUUGAAGCCGCAAUUGAGAAGUUGAGAAUUGCUAAGAAUGACUUGGGAAGAACUAAAGCCGAACUUGACCAACUCCAACAAAACUUUGACUACCUCAAGAAGAAUGCCGACACUGAUGCCGCUGAUAAGAAGAAACUCAAUGAAACUGUUAAUGAGAACAAUAAGAAGCUUGAGGAAUUGAUUAACGAAGAGCUUGAAACAGUCAAGAAGGACAAAUUUGUGAAAGAAAUAGAAGCGAAGAAGUUGAAAACGGAAAACGAGGAAAUUAAAGAGAACAUGAAGAACUUGGCUUAUGACAAAGACCAACUUUCUUCUGAAAAGAAGAAGCUUCAAGACGAAUAUGACCAACUCAUUAACUUGGUCUCAGCACACGAAGAUGAGACCAACAACUUGAAUGGUUCAAUCAAAAAAGACAGAACAGUUAAAGACAAGAAGAAAAUAGCAGAUUUGGAACAACAAGUACAAGACCUUGAAUAUAGACCAGUUGGGACUUCAAAUAUUGAUCAAACUGAGGUCAUCAAGAGAGACAACCAAAUUGCUGAUUUGGAGAAGGCAGUUGCUGCGUUGAAAGACCAGAACACUCAACUUGAUGCUGCUAAGAAGGAUAUGAAGAAGCAAUCUGUCGAAGACGCUUUGAAUAUUGAGAAUAAUGAAUCACAUAUAAAGGCACUUGAAGCACAAAAGAAGAUGGCUUUGGACAACAAAGCGGAGGCUGAGAAGACUGCCGCGGACCAAUCUGAUAGAAGAUGGAAGACCAAUGCACCAGCUUCAGUUGCUCAAGAAGAAGAGAAGAACAUGUUGAAUGCAAGAAUUGCUGGAAUUCAAGCCCAACCAGAUGAAGAAAGACAGAAACUUGACAGUGCAGAUGCUGCUCGAAAGGCUGCUGAGAGCAAAUUACAGGAAGUCCAGUUCAACUUAGAUGAAGCAAAUAACACUAAAGAGAAGUUGACUAAAAAGGCGAAUGACUUGACUGAUUUGGAGGAAAAGGACAAAAUGAUCAACGACUUGAAUGCUGAAGUCGACAAGGCACAGAAACAACUUGACACUGCAAAUGAUGACAAAGAUGGCAAUGAAGCGAUGAAACAGAAAUAUCAAGACGAAUUGAUGAGUGUUAGAACUGAACUUGAUCAAGAAAAGAAAGAUCACACUAAGACCCAAUUGAUUAAAGGCAAAUACGAGAAGGAUAUCGCUGAAAUCAUAGUCAGAGCUAAAACAUUUGAGAAGAAAGUCCAGAUGGCUGAACAAAGUCAAGACUAUGAAAAAUUAUAA